AUGCACUUCAAAACUAUCCUUGCUCUUACCGCUCUCGCUCUCACUGCCGGCGUUCAUGGCACUGCUACCCCCGUCGCCCAUUCCGACGACAAGGGCGUUAAACACCACGACCAUUCCAAGUUCGACUACGGAAAGGACGGCUAUGGCAAAGACGGCUACGGCAAGGAUGGCUAUGGCAAGGACGGUUAUGGCAAGGAUGGCUAUGGAAAGGACGGCAAGGACGGCUAUGGCAAAGACGGCUAUGGCAAGGAUGGCUAUGGAAAGGACGGCAAGGACGGCUAUGGCAAAGAUGGCCAUGGGAAGGAUGGUUAUGGCAAGGACGGUUAUGGGAAGGAUGGUUAUGGCAAGGACGGUUAUGGGAAGGAUGGCUAUGGCAAGGACGGUCAUGGGAAGGACGGCUAUGGCAUCUACGGCUAUGGCAAGGACGGCUAUGGCACCUACGGCUAUGGCAAGGAUGGCUAUGGCAAAGAUCGUUACGGCAUCUACGGUUAUGGCAAGGACGGCUAUGGCAAGGACGGCUACGGCACCUACGGCUAUGGCAAGUCGUUCGACUACUACCGCAACUACGACAAGCACGGCUAUGGUCGGUUCGACUAUGGCAAGUACGAAAGUCGCGACUUCGACAAGUACGACCAUGGCAAGUCCGGGCAUCGUAACUACGGCAAGUUCGACUACGGAAGGUACGACUACGGCAGGUACGACUACGGCAAGUACGGCCACGGCAAGUACGGCCACGGCAAGUACGGCCACGGCAAAUACGACAGGUACGACCACGGCAAGUACGACAGGUACGACAGGUACGACCAUGGAAAGUACGACAGGUAUGACCAUGGCAAGUAUGGCAAGUCGGAGUACCGCAAGCACGGCUACUAG